AUGGCUUAUUACAGAAAAAGAACAACUAAAAAGAAAGACAAUCAACUAGACGACGACUUAAUUGCACUUGACAACGUAGAUUUGAAUGCAUGUUGGCGUAUUUACAAUUUGAACGAGUUUGGCUGUGACGCUCAUAUUCCACCAAAUCCAAAAACACGAAAUUGCCGUCUCAAUCCAUUCUGUAUAUACCGCCUUGGAUUGGAAAAGUUUGACAAAUGUUUACAAACCCAAAAGGAAGAAGCUUCUAGCAGCAAUUCUGAGCCUUUGAUUCGUCGCAAUCCAAAUGUACAACCUUGUGGCUUAGUUAAUUAUGGAAAUUUUUGUUAUGUCAAUAGCUUUUUACAGAUUUGGUUCAACGAUUUACGAUUCCGUCAAUGUGUUUAUGAUUGGCGUGCCGAUCCUUUUUGGGAAAAACCGCUCGAUGCUAAAUUGGAUAUUCAGGAGGUUAUGUGUUGCUUACAACGAUUGUUUUUAACUCUUGAAUUGACGCCUUUUGAAACAACCGACGCCAAAGAAUUCUGUCAACUAUUAAGGCUAGACAAUCAACAACAAGACGUCCAAGAAUUUCAUACUUUAUUCUUUGACACUAUUGAGAAGAAUUUGUUAUUUCAUCCAAAUGGAGAGAAAAUACAAGCUUCAAUUAGACAACUUUUUCAGAGUUGUAUGCGUCAAACAAUCAGUUGUGAAUGUGGUCAUUCAACAAAUGCAGAAAGCGAAUAUCGUUCAUUAUUUAUCACCAUUGAUGGAUUUAAUUCUCUAAUCACUGCUAUUGACAGUUUUUUUAGGCCUGAAUUACUUGCUGACUACAAAUGUAGCAAUUGUCAAGAACAAGGAAAAUGUGUGAAAACAAUGGAAUACACAACACUUCCUCAAGUGUUAAUUAUUCAAUUGAACAGAUAUGUCUUUAAAAGUUCAAAUGAGCGUCAUCACAAACUCAAAACGGUAAUGCAAUAUCCACGUCUGUUAAAAGCGAGCAAAUUAAAACCUGAUGCUCUGUAUAAUGAAGAAUAUGAGCUUUGCGCUGUUAUGAUACACGAAGGGAAUAAUACGCAUUGUGGACAUUAUUAUGAUUUAAUUCGUGAUCCUUACACAAAGCAGUGGUUUACCUAUAAUGAUAAGCAUGUCCAAUUAGAAAAACGCGCUCCAGGUUAUGAAGGACAACGCGAACCUAAAGAAAAUUUUGGUCGCCCAACAGCUGAUCAGAAGGGUUGUUAUGCUUUAAUUUACCAACGGAAACCAUCAUAUACAGCAGCAGAAGUAAUGGCUUCUUCAAAAAAAUUAAAUAUGCCUCCAGAUGAAGUUGUUCAAGAAGUUAAAAAUAAGUUGGAAAGUGAUUUUCUUCGGGAAAGUAAAGAAGCUAAUCGUUCAAUGCAUUUAUGGGAAUUGCGUGUUAAUUCACGACAUUCAUAUUUGAAUCAACUAUUUCGUGAAUUAGAGGUUAGAGACGGCAAUGUUUUAUCUGAACAACCCGAAGAAAUUUCAUUUUUACCAACUUCAUUAUUAACCAAUUUGUUUUCCAAUGAAUACGAGGCAGUUAAAGAAAUGCAUAAUUUGAAUGAAUUGGACAACAACAAUACUUUAAUUCCUAACAAUAAUUUGGAGGAUGGAGAGAUUAACAGUUUCGAUUAUGCUGAUUAUGAAUAUAUUUAUACACCGGAACCUUUAAAUUCUGUUAAAAUUACUUUGUGUAAACAUGGAAAAGUACCUUUGGAUGCCGUUAAAAAAGGAGAAUUGAAAGUUGUGAAAACUGCUGGUUUGAAACGAUUAAUUGCUGAUUCCAAUGUUCAGUGGAAAGUACAAAUGCCUGAUAGUGAUAACGGCGAACAAACGACAAAUUCAGAUAUUGGUGGUGAUUUCCAGCUGUUGACUGGUGCUGAUCUUUGCUCUGAAUGCGUUAAGGAUUUAAAAUUGGAAGCAAAUUUUCGACGUUCGCUCGUUGUUACUGAGAAAACGCUGUCUGAUGCAUUUAAAUCACUUCCAACAAGAACUCACGAUCCAAGCCGUGCAAGUCCGUUUCCUGUUCUUUCUCCGCCUGAAGAUUCUGUAUGGGUAUCUGUUGAUCACUUGAAAAAAUUUAAGAAAAUUGCCUUAACACAAAUGGAAAGUUCGGGUCGUUUGAGCAAAAAAGCGGAUGAAGAUCCGCCUGCAGAAAAAAGGCUUAAAGCAGGUUCUGAUAUUGAUGAAGAUAUUGCUGAUGAAGGAGAAUUUUUAGAAGAACAUCACAGGCAAUCGACUUCAAAUAAUUUUCAAUCUUCAUCUGAAAUUCAAAUAGUUGCAGAGCAUAUCAAUACUCCACCUCUGAGUGAUAAUGUCACCGUUCGUAGGCGUAGACUUUCCAGUUCAAUGGAUAAUAACGAAAAUGAACCACCAAAUUUCUCGAAAAUUUAUGACAAAAAUGAGUCUUUUCAGCCUCUAGAACGUGUUGACAGUUUGUCAGUUACUGAAAUCCCUGAUGAUGUACCUACUACCAUUCGCUUUAAUGAAGAUCUUUUAUGUAAACAUGGUCGUUUAUCAUAUAAGCCAAAGCGUGCUUGGUUGACAAAAGAUGAAUGGGGUGUUCUGAAAUCUAAUUUUAUGGAGUUUACUAGUCCAUUUCUUUGCUCAUCACAGGAAUGCCCAGAUUGUAUUGAAGAGUAUAAUAUACUUUCUGAAGUUCGUCAAAGCAAUUUAGAUCAACUGCAAAAAUUAUUAAACGAAAUUAAUCCUCUACUUAAGAAUUUAUUGAAUCGAAAAUGGACACAAGAGGAAUUGGGACUGACUUACAAAUUUAUGCUUUGUUCUGAUUUUCAUAGCAAAAUGAAAAAUAUUACAAAUCGUUCAAAACAAAAACAGGUGGUAGAAAUCCCUCGAAUUUGUCAGGAUUGUAUACUCUGUCAACAUGGCCGUCCAUAUUUGCCUUUAAUGCCAUCAGAAAAUCAAGAAGAAAAUACUUUAUUUGAUCAAAUUUUGGAUUCAGGUUUAGACCAACAAAAACAAUCGAAAAAACAACCAAAUGGGGUACCUUUGAUGGAGGAUGAAUGGCAACAAUUGGUAGCUGCUUACAAUAAACAUGUACCUGAACAGAAUGAGCCCAACCCUAUUUUAUUUCAAGAGGAUGGUCAAUAUAUGGAAUUCUGUGAUGAAUGUAACUAUGAAUAUUUUUUAAAUGAAGAACAGAAACGCUACAUAUACCCAGACGGUGCGGAAAUUUGGGUUAAAAUGAAAGAUGACGAAAGUGAAGAACAACUUCAGGCAAAGGCUGCGGGUCCAGGCACAAGUUCAAGUUCUUAUACAACUCGUCGUAUGGCAAUGCGUACCAAUAUGUUCAAAUUUAAGAUGCGUUCAACACAAACAAUUACAGAUUUGAAAUUACAACUUAUGCAAAAAACCAAACAAUCACCCAACGACCAAUUGUUAUACUUGAAUAAUAAAGCAUUAGAAAAUGAUCAAACUUUGGAGAAUGCUCGUGUCGCGGCAAAUAAUUUUGAUAAUCCUUUAGUGUUAAUUGUUCAGCAACGAAGGGUUGAGGACUUGGACACCUCAACAGGUUCAACAAAUACAGCAACUCGGCAGUUAGAAAAGGGAUUUAGAGACACGGCGUUGUCUGCUUAG